UGCAGCCAGUUUGCAGUCGCAGCUUUAGUGCCUAUACGGCAAAAUAAACAAUGUUUGCCGUCAUUCAAGAGUGGAGUCCGCCGGUGCUGUUGUGUUUCGUACAGCUGAAUACAAAUGGUGAGUGCGCAGGGGGCCGGCCAGUUGUUUUGGCAGAGGAUAAUGUAGUCGCAAUAGGAAGUGAGGGCGAUGCACGUGGGGGAGGCGGGGACCUGCUGUUCAGGCAGCUAAUGGCCUCCGCCCCAAUCCCAGCAUCAGUGCAGCACGACCACCAGCACUACCAGUAUCGGUUUCUGGAUGAAGACGGCACCCCCUUGCCUGUGGCAACUGUCACAUCAGCUGCUGAAAAUGUUUCAUCAGAGGAAGCCCUUGAUGGCCCCACUGCCACAUUGUCAACAUCAGCUCGGCGCUCUGUGGGCACAGAUGAAGGGACUGGCAGUGGACGUCCCCGUCCCACAGGUGUGGAGGUGGCAGCCUUGGGUGGCAGUUGGCGGCCUGAAUGGCAUCUGCCAUUCUUUGUCAUCUUAUUUGCUGCCGUUGGAUUUCUUGCCAUCACAUUUGUGGUCCUGCUGUGGUUGAAGAAUCAGAUGCUAUCCUCCCAGGGUGGAAGUGGCCGUGCGAGCCCUGGUAUAAAGUCUGGGGCACCGACUGGUGAUGGUGACAGUACUGGUGCUGGCGGUCGUUGGGUAUUCCACCCAGUGUUGCAGCCUCCUUCCCCACUGGAGGCACAUGUACAGCAAGCUGAAGAGAAAAAGGCAUCUUUGCCUCCUACCCCAACUCCAACACCAGAACCUAUCACCAUCACAAAACCCGCCGUGCCGCCAGCUCCUGCCUCCGACCCUGCCACUCCUGUGCGUCGAUGUGUUGGGUCUGGUGGUCGUAUCAAGGGUCUUUUGGAAAGGCGUGGUUCAAGUGCCAGUCUCACUAUAGAGCUACAUCCAUCAUCACACGGACGCACUGAUGGACAUGUGCCUGUUGUUACACCUACUCGAGAAUGCACAACUGACGAAUUUCUUCUUUCUGCUGGCAAUGUACUCUCCCGACGGCAGCUUCGAGCUUCUCUCCGUGAUGUAAGAGCAUUGCAUCGGGAAUUUUGGGAGCUCCCAAGCAACCAUCCAGAACGUGCCUAUGUGGCUGGCAGUGGCACAAAAAACCGUUACCGCUCCAUCUUGCCCAAUGAACGUACAAGAGUUUGUUUGCCACCUGCCUCACCCCUUGCAGAUCCUCUCACCACUUACAUCAAUGCCAACUAUGUUCGAGGCUUUGACAGUGAAGAGAAGGCUUAUAUUGCAACACAGGGUCCUCUUCCACAUACCGUCUCAGAUUUCUGGCUUAUGGUGUGGUCGGAGGGAAGUACUGUCAUAGUAAUGAUUACAAAACUGUGGGAGAAAGGCCGUCCCAAGUGUGAGCGGUAUUUUCCAGAAGAUGAAGCUGACGAACCUUCUGUGUAUGGUGACAUUGAAGUCCGUAUUACUGCUACAUGUCCUCGUGAUGGGUACACACUGAGGGAGCUCAUUGUUACACGUGGUGAUGAGACAAGACGGAUUUUGCACUUAUGGUAUGACACUUGGCCAGAUCAUGCAACCCCCUCUAGUGCUCAGGCACUGGUUGCUAUGGCAAGUGAGGUUGCCGAGUAUCGCCAAGUCGGCUCAGGAGAUCCUCCUGUCGUGGUACACUGCAGUGCAGGAAUUGGCCGCACUGGAUGCUUCAUUGCAGUUGCCGUUGGCAUGGCACAACUGCUGCACAAUGAUAAUGUUGACAUCCUGGGUAUCGUGUGCCAGAUGCGAUACGACAGGGGUGGUAUGAUACAGACUGCAGAACAAUACGAGUUUGUACACAGGGCUUUGUGCCUGUUUGAGGGAUCUCUCCCUGACCAGUCUGGCGAAUGACAGACAGCUUUCACUCUUCUCCACAUUCAAGAGUAAUUGCAGUGUGUAUAAUGCAAGAGGAAGUGAUAGUGUGUCGGCUGAAACUAUUCGUGUCUUCAUGCGUAAGUCACAGCUUUAUGGCAGAUGUAAAGUGCAUCAGUUGUGUGGAAAUUCGAAAAGAAGUUUCAUCUGCUUUUGAUAAUUUUAUUUAUUUAUAUAAAGUGAAGUUUUCAACUAUCUGUGCUGCAAAGCAUUUUAAGUGCGAUGACUCAGUAGCAGAUGAAACUAUUUUUAUGAAUGAAUGACUGCCUCUUCUAAAGAAGACUAAUUUUUUUCUUUUAGUUCGAGACAAGGCUAUUGACCAAUAGCCAGAGACUGAGAAAUCUGUUGCUUCUUGAUCUGUCGCGAGAGUCUCAUAACUGCAACAGGCAAUGCACCUGGUACUUAAAUUCUGAGUAACUGUACAUUUUGUAAAGAAAAAUGUAUAAUUAUUAGACUUUGAGAGAGAUGAUCUGAAUGUAAAUAUUAUGUACAGUUGUUAUGAGUGAUACACUUGUGAUCUUUGUUCAAGCUAUGUAUGGUGCUUGUUUCUCAAGCUUUCUGUGACUGUUCUUGAAGGACAUUUGAGACUUCAAUUGUGCUUCUGGCAUGCAUACUAGGGCAGAGAAUGUACAAAGUGAAAACAUUUGAUUGUCACUGUCACUGUUACCUGUUAAGUGCUGUCAGUAUUGACAGUUAUUCCUAUUACAUAUGAUUCUAGUCACUUGCCCAAAGUUUUGUGUAUUGCCAGUAACAGUUGCCUUUGAACAUUAAGUUUUGAAGCAGAGGUGGCAUGUUUUGUGAGAUGACCAUAUUGUGUUUCCACUGCUCGUAACCUGUAUAAAUGUGAGCCACAUGUUUUUAUACGUACUAUGUUAAUAUUGUGAAAUUCUGAGCAGUUGUUUGUUUGUCUAUCUGAUGCUAUUAUAAUUGAGCUUCACUGAUAUUUAUGGAUCCAUUGUGCAAUGAGUGAUGAUACCAACAAAUAAAAUUGGCUGUUUAUGCAAAAUAUCAAAUACUUUUGUAUGUUAACUUGCAGUGUUGCUUGUGCAAAGCUCAUGUUUUCAUUGUGCGAGCGUACAAGCUUCACAUCAGAACAAAAGUCGCCUUUCAUUUGGGCAGUAAAACAAAACUGAGAAGAACUUGUUUCACACAAUAUGUUUUGUAAAUCAUUGUUAUCCCAGGUAUG